GUGGUCUGGUCAGUGUCAGAGCGCCGUCUCCAUGGUGAAGCACAACAAGUGCUGACGCCAGCGUGACAGACUCUCCGGACUCCUGCAGCAGCUCAUGAUAAACACACGCUUCAGGGAACAAUGUGUGAGGGUCCUUCAUCUAUAUCUGGACCAAUCCCUCCUGAUCCUUCUCUUUUCCCUGAAUUCUACAAACGUCCAAAUUCAGCUCGUGGUCGCUUAGAGGGGCAUCAUGACGGGGGUCUGUUGUCGGGACCACUUGCUCCAGACCCUGUGUUACAUCCAGGCUUCUACAGUGCUCGCACUACUGCUCAGCAUCCUCGCAUUGGUCCCAACGCUGCUCAUAUUUUGGAAAGAGGAAAAAAAGGAGUUGUGGGUGAGCUCUUCAAGAUAGAUGACGCCCCUUUCUUUUCUGUUCCUAAGCAGAGAAAUCUUGUACAGGAUUUUGGUAAAGAGAAUGUGCGGCGAAUUAGGGAGAUCCAAAAACGCUACAGAGAGCAGCAGGCUGAGAACGCACAGUCCCGCCUUACUCCAGUCAAAGCUCUUUCUUCAAAGUACCUUCAUAUUCCUUCAAAAGUAAAGGCCCAGCUACAGGUUUCUCAAUUGACAAUUAAACCUCAGUGUCAAAACUUUCUAAAGGCACAUGGAGCAUCACAAACUCCAAAAGUUUUGCAACGUUCAGUCUCAUGUAAUUUCACAAAUGACAAGAAUCCACAAUUUUUGGUUCAAGGCCAGACCGUAAACUUCAUAAAACAUAAUGCAAAGACUGCGGGAAAAACACUGCUGCGUCGUUCUCAGUCUUUGUCAAGCCUUAAGGAAAAACCUAUUCCUAGUGCUGUCAAAGGUCAAGUCCCUCAGUACCUUGAACAAAGAAAGGAGCAGUGGAGGAGAGAAGAAGAAGAGAGAAGGAGAAAUGCCCCUGAUCCAUCUGCUCCAGUCGGUCACACACUAAUGCCUGAGACUGAGAGACAGGAAACUCUUAAAUCCCUCAAAGAAAGCCACCGCUCCUUGGUGACUGAGCUACUUUCAUUGCCCCUCAAAGCGGACAACUUGAGCAUGCAGACUCGAAAGGCUCAUCUUGAUUGCAGACUUUCUGAACUUGAGGAAGCCAUCAAAAUAUUUUCUAGGGACAAAGUUUAUGUUAAAAAUGAUUCUUAACAACAUGAAGAAUCCAAUUUAUGAGAUUUUGUG